AUGGCAGACUGUGAAGACGGCCUGCCUGCGCAGCUUCAUCAGGAGUUUGUACCUCCCAAGUCCAGAGUAUCUGAAUCCUUCACCCGUUAUCAUGGCGAGGCUGCGGCUGACAUCGUUUUCGUGCAUGGUUUAGGGUCCAGAUAUGAGACGACCUGGACCUACAAGCGCAAAGAUGGAAGCAGGUUCAACUGGAUACGGGAGAGAUUGGCUAAGGACAUGCCUGAUGCCCGUAUUCUUGGCUUCGAAUAUCCGUCUCGAUGGUAUAAUGACCCAGUGCAGACUGACUUGACCGAGUGUGCUUCAGAAUUACUUCGAAGUCUUAUUCGCGAUCGCUGCCAUAACGGUUCCGGGGAAAUGUGUCGGGCACGGAGGAAGCGGCCUAUCAUCUUCGUCGGGCAUAGCUUCGGAGGACUGGUGGUUAAAAAGGCCAUGACCAUGGCCAGCCAGGUGUUGAAUACGAACGCCUCUCGUGAAGAAUACAAGAAUAAUCGAGAUCUGUUAUCCGCCAUGUCGGGCAUUAUCUUCCUGGGGACUCCCCACCGAGGGUCCGACUUUUCUGUCCUUGGACUUUGGAAGAACUUCUUUGGUUCUAGCAUCCUCCGUGUCUCUUCCAACAAUGAAAUCAUUACGAUCCUACAGCCAGACUCGUAUUCCCUGAGCGAACUACAACGCCAGUUCACCAGACUCUGCAUCGAUGAGCGUAUGGCCGGACUUAAGCUAAUUUGCUACUAUGAGAUGCGAGAAGUGCCAGUGCUCAAAAAACUGGUUGUGCCAAAGCACUCGGCCGUUUUGGAUCAUGCGGCUAGUCGCGGUAUGAAUGCCAAUCAUAUGGAUAUGAAUGGCUUUCCGGAAAAGGAUGAUGGUGAGAGGGAGGCCGAUUAUGGCCACUUCCUUGCGGACAUACAGAUGCUAUUCAAUUCCGCUAAAACGUCGGUACGCGAUCGAUUUAGCGCAUGGCAGUACGGUUCAGCUAUGCCAGACGCUGAGCGCGAACAGCUGCAGCGUUGGCUGGAUCCAUCACGGGAGGCACAGACAACGAUCUACCACAAGCGAAGGGAGAUUCAGCAAUCGGCGACGUACACAUGUACUUGGAUUCAAAAUGUCCCCGCCUUCCAGGAGUGGUUGGGCGACACAGAGAAGCGAGAUGCACUUUGGAUCACCGGCAAGGCGGGCUCAGGAAAAAGUAUCCUUGCUGCAUAUAUCAUUGAUUUGUUAAAGGACAGGUCUCCCACAGAGGAUGAGGAGUCACUCCUCUGCCACACUCCAUUGACUCAAGCGGAGUGCAGCUACAAGCAAAACAAUACGCCUGUUUUGUUCUUCUUUGGCGGGGUGGAUAGGAAUAGGGAGACCGCUGAAAGGAUGCUCGCUACCAUGUUGCAUCAACUUCUACUGGCGAGACCAGAGAGCCAAGAGGUAUUCAACAUAGCCAGGAAGCUAUAUCUCGACGCGCUCAAUGGAAACGGAACCUCCCUAAUGGCGAUGGCAGAGUCCUUGCUCCACGUUAUUUCGGUUGUUGGGCCUACCUACAUAAUUGUCGACAACAUCGAGGACAUUGCCUCUCCUGGCAUAUUCCUAGAGAAGCUGGCAGUCCUGAGAUCGGCUUCGGAGGCGAGAUUCCUGAUCCUUAGUCAAGAGACUCGUCAGGUUUCAGAGGCCCUUUCCUCCAAUUUCAACAUCACUGAGCCCCUUGUCAUUACGGAUUACUCGGCCGAUGAUAUCACUGAAUUUAUUUCGGUGAAAAGCGCGUUCUUGUUCGAGAAAAAACCCAGGCUGCUGGUCAAAGAGGAGACCAUCGUGAAGUCGCUUCAUGAUGGUGCUCAUGGCAUGUUCCAGUGGGUGAAUUCGGCCUUUGAACACCUCAAAUACGUCGAGGAUCCUCGCGAUAUCGAGCAAAGCUUGAAUGGUAUCCAUAAAGAUCUCAUCGACACCUAUGACAAGAUCUUUGAGCGACUUGGACAGGAUCGGGCUGAGUUUGAAAUCCGCAGAAUCCGCGUCUUCCUUCAGUUUCUGGCUGUGUCGGCCACACCCGUGUCGUCAGCCGACGUAAAGAUUGCGGGACUGGCUGCGGAAUGCCUUUACCAGGAAGCAGUAGAAGGAGGGUCGAAAAAGGAAUGUGCCCGGAGGACUGAAGAGUCACUAAAGACGUUGCUGGAUUAUCAACAGUGCUCCGAUUCGUGGGACGUGGCAGAAAGCGACAUGCGAGCAUGCCUGGGCUCAGUUGUAGACAUCUGUUCAGAUGGGACGCUGCAAUUCAAACACCCAUCCAUUCUUCGAGCACUCACUCGAAUAGAUCCUGCUACAUCUGGCAGCCCGGAAUCGUCCAUUUUCAAGUUUUCCUUGGAGGAAGCGCAUUUGACGAUCGCGCGGAUCUGUAUGACGGUGUGCCGGUCAUCUACAUUCAUCCACUCGAACGUUUUUGUUUCUACCCCGGUGCCUAUGGUGGCUUAUGCCUGGAACUAUUGGGCUUACCACUUUAAGAAGUCGAAAUGUGUUUUGCUUACUGAAGCCCAGGGUGUUCAACUUUGGAGCCUGGUGCAGAGUAACCCUGCUGUCUUGCAGGGAGUAUGGGAGGCGCAGCAAGCACUACAAGAGAUUUUCAACAGAAUGGUGGAUGGUGUCUCGCGCGAUGCCCUUCUCUACCUGGAAGCUCUAAUUGACUUUAUUAGUAGGCCUCUUAGGGCUGUCCCUGGUCGUUUUUCGGACCGGGAGUACGUCCUGUGUUUACAGAGAGCUCAGGAAUCGUUGUUACGCCCCACACAAGAUUUAUGCUCUCUGAGGAAGGCGCCUUACGAUUCAUUUGCAUAUAAUCUGUCUGGUGAUCGGGCACUCGUUACUGGGGCCCUUGCUAAGGAGACUCCUGACCCUCUCGCAGCGACAAACCUCCGCCACAAGGCCGUUGACGCAGCAACUCAAGCAAAAUCGAAGCUGCUUGGACCAUCCUCCUCUGUAUUCCGACUACAUCUUGACGAUUACCUUCAGUCUAACCAAGGGGUUCCGCGGCCAUCUGGCCCAAGCCGCCUCCUCCUUGAUGUUGCGCGUGAUCUACGGCGUGUAGCCCUUCGAUUUGCUGUCGAUCCAAUCUAUAGCGCUCUGUUGGCGACUGCAAGUGGAUCGUCAUUCUCCCCGCUUCAUCCGCUAGUGCACGUUGCACAACUACUGGAAGAGUGCGGGCAAUACCCAUACUGGGAGCCCCUGCCCAUAGCUACGGAUCAUAUGGGGUACUUCAUUUGUCCUGCAGAUGACCUCGAAUAUGCCCCAGCCAAAUUUGUCCUGCAUUGCUUCGAGUGGCGCUCUGCAAAGCGAGACGGGAGUGAAAUGACACCUAUACAACCCACAACCCACAAAUUAAAGGCCCGGCCCAGCCCCUCUGGCCAUCGUUUGGUCAGAGUGUCGACCGAGAAUCGGGAACAAGUCCGACGUCUACACCAGAUCACAGCAGACAAAUAUUUUGCCGCGCAACUUUCAUACGCAGUAUUCCAAGCGGACGAGAAGAACGGGUGGAUCAACUAUUUAAUUACCAACCCACUGAGAAAUAUGCAUAUGAAAACCAGCCUUCUUAUCACUGAAAUCAGAGACUCGCAGAUGUCAAAUGACCCGGCUUCAAUUCUAAACCACUAUGCUCCAACAGAGGUACACGAAACCCAGAUGGGGGCUUUUCUACGCUCUGUUCCACGUCUCUUGCCUGUCUACUUUGUACAUUAUGUUGUGCUUCUUCUGGAAGCCUUCGGACGUGUAGCUCGUCAGACACUGUCGGCGCACUUUACAAAGAUCCAGAUUGCCUACGUUGAAUUACAACAGGUUACCGGAUUCUUAUGGCGAGCAUUCACGCCUGGCAACUUACCCCCCUUAAAGUCGAAGUAUUUUGCGGCUGCUGUGGCUUUAUUCCUACUACGCUGCAGGUACUUUCAUUCUUGGGGGUCAUACUUCUGGUUUCAUCCAUGGACCCAGUUCAGUUAUGCGUAUAAACACCCUGCAGUAUAUUUGGACAUGCAGAACGAAUUCCACUUUUGGCGAUGCUGCUGGAGGCUUGUGCUGUAUUUUGUCACUUCUUUGAGUGGCACCACAUCAAUGGGGUUCACCAUGAUGCCGGAUCUCAACGACACUCCUACUGGGCACAUAAGCAUGGUCUACGCCAUCUUCCACAGUUUCUGCACCAUUGAGCGAAGUUUAUUCGCUUUUACAGCUGUCGUUGCCACGCUAAUUGCAUCUGCUAGUGUUAUGCUUUAUGAUCUCGAGACCUUAAUCCAGAUUUACUCGUUCAGCCUUGCCUUCUGGCUCAACUUGGGCUUUGAGAUCUCUCUAGGCGGGAUGCAGAUUGCCCUGCCCGCGAGGUUGCAGGGCUGGACUGGCAUCCUCAUGACCCUUGCAAUACGUGUCGCUGUCUACUACUUGGUCGUGAGGUAUUUUGUCACGGUAUCCCGUUUUUUCACCUUCGUGUCAAGACCCUUUUGGUUAGUUAUGCUUGCGUUCUGGAAAUACUUCCUGAACAACUCAAUCGCCCUCGCUAAGGGCAUUGGAACUUUAUGCAUACUACUCAUGGCUUACAAAGCGUUUUGGACCAUGCAUAAGUUCAUCUGGGACCCCUAUGGCAUUGAGGACAGUUUGAAAGCCCUUCUCAGUGCAUCGCAUAAUGCCAGGGCCACCCUGGACGCGGGACAGGCCGGCAAUCUCCGGCGAAUAGGCUGGUACCCACUUGGAAUCAGAGUCGCAGAACCCACAGAGAACAUAGAACAACAGGCAAUCACUGAAAGAGGCCAGCCUUAUGCCAAUGUUCCACUGAGACAAGCGGUCAGUGGGCUUCAAGAGUCAGUUGCUGGCGGAGUGGAGCAAGUCGCGGGAGAGACAAAGCAGUAUUUCGAAGACGGCGCCUGGCAGCGGGACAAGGAGCGGCUAGGGGAGUAUAUGGACAAGACAGCGUUGGAAACCGGAGAACAACUUAACAAGGUAGUUGACGGCGUAGCUUUCUCGGUCGGUGGGCUGUUUGCAGAGAAGCCGAAGAAGCAGUUGCUGGUGCCGCCACCGAGGGCCGGCAAAGGUGGGGAGAAGGAAGAUUAG